UAUCAAUUCAGACACGUCAGUGCGAGGAGGUGAGCCAGCAUGCGCGCGUCGGGAUGGUCCACCGCGAUUUUCCAGCUGUGUCUGGUCUCGAUCGCGGCCGGAUACCCGAUCCACCCGACAAAGGGGGUGACGCACCGGCCGGGCGUGCCGAAAAAGUGUUGCCUCUCCGGUUACGCAUUCAACGAGAAUCUCGAGUGCGUUCAUGCAAAACUGGAUCAGUUCGACUAUACCACGCAUGACGCGCGGCGAACAAUCUCGUCUCACUCCCCGCAGCGAAUCGUCACGGUGAUCGCAUCCGCGCAGGGACUGAGAUGCGACGGCGAGGAGAACGAUACCAGUUCGAAAUAUCAUCCACGUGGCCUUCCUAUCAACUCGAUUUUCCGCUCUUCGAGAGACUAUUGUAUUGAAAAUAUGAUCAACGGCACGACGGUGCUGAUCAAGUGCGCGGAGAUCGGCUCGGAGGUGUCUCUGGACAGAGAGAAUUCGACGGAGAUGACGAUAGUGACGAAAACCACGACGACUACGACGACGAGGAGGAUCAUCACCGUGACGACUAUCACCACCAUUACCACCAUUAGUCUAACGAAUGUAUCGUCAAAUAUGUCAAAGGAGGACGAGAUGAUCAACGAGAUGACUCACCGCUGCAGCGAUCUGAGGACGGUGUUCUUCUGGGGUGCGCAGACCUACAUGGACACCAACGUGGCCCACGUCGUUCUCUCCACCAUCGUCGUCGUGGUGUACCUGUCCAUCCCGGAACUCGGCAAGAGCAUCUACAAUCGCGCGGUGCUCCGUCACAACGUCUGCCUGCUGUUGCAGGGGUUCUUCCUGACGUUCCUCGGCUACUGCAAUCUGUGCGGCUUCGCGACAAGCGACGACUUCGACACCCUCCUGUGGAUACUAAUGCAAUACUUCACGAACGCCACGGUGUUCUGGCUAAACGUAAUUUGUUUCGACAUGACCCUGUCUAUCACGCGCUUCCGCUGGAUGAUGGGAUCGGGCCAGCAGACGAUUCAGGAGGAGAACAGACGACUCCUGCUGUACGGCGUCUUCGCGUGGGGCGGCGCCCUGGUCCCCGCCGUCGUCGCCGUCAUUUUGGAAUUCUGUCCCGGGAUCCCGGAGGACUUUCCGCUCAAGCCGAAUUACCGUCGCUACCACGGCGGGCCGAACUACGUGGUGAACAUAUACUUCUUCGGCAUACCGCUGCUGACGCUCUUCUGGAACAACGUGCUGUUCGUGUUCACCACGUAUAAGAUUAUACGCAUACAACGGAGCACGGAGAUAGCGACGAGGAAUAACACCAACGUCCUCAGAAAGAAGUACUUCCUCUUUCUUCAGCUGUACCUGCUGAUGGGCGCGCCGUGGUUCUUCGGCCUGCUCUUCGCCUGCUUGAACAAGCUCGUGGUGAUGAAGAUAUGUCGGCUGAUAUGGCCGAUCCUGUGGCUCCUGAUGCUCGCUACCCACAAGAAACUGCGGCAGAAGCUCGCAAACAAGUUGCGGUGCGUCAGAAAGAAGUCAGAUAUCGUCGCGACUGUCUCGUAAGAUAGGCUCCACGAAGAAAGAGAUCUAGAAUCCAUCCUCGGUUUGGACCGCAGAAAAAAAAAAUAUGUGCGUAUCACGAUCAUUCUCGGCUUGGAUCGCCGAAAAAAGAAUGCGCGCGUGACGGAACACGAUUCUUAUCGAUUACAUGGAGGAGGAGCGUAGAAAAUUGCGAGAGAUGCUUCGUCUAUUGUCAUACAAUAUUACGCAAUCUCGCGACAGUGACG